AUGCCAUUGCGCGCGAGAGGUAUAACCCAUAUUAAUUCAGAUUGGCCGAACAUUGCAUGUACUCUUUUUCGAUAUAUUCGGCAGAAUUUAAAAAGAUCUAUAAUCGUUCCGUAUUUUACCGCAAUGUUCACAUUUACGUUCUUUCGAGCCUAUAGUCGAAAUUUGACUUUUUCAAGCUAUCAAGUAACUCAAAUUCGAACUGCGAUGGUAAGUCAAGUUAUUAACGAAAUCGCCUCUUAUAUGCUUCAAAGGCGUUUAACAUUUAAAAGCCUCGGGUGCAUUGUACCUUCAUUUGACAGAGCAGAUGCGGGGCAAGGUGCUCAGUACGUUGGAAUGGGUAAAGAUCUUUAUUCGGAUUAUCCUUCGGCACGUCAAGUAUUUGAAGAAGCUGAUGACGCGUUAGGAUCAAAUUUGACAAAAUUAAUGUUUGAAGGGCAUCAAAAAGAUCUGACUCAAACACAAAAUGCACAACCUGCAAUAUUGACGAUGUCUGUAGCCACUCUUCGAGUCUUAGAGAGUGAAUAUGGUUUUGAUGUCUCGUCUGCUUGUACAUACGCACUUGGACAUUCUUUAGGAGAAUAUACGGCUUUGGUUGCUACUCAGUCAUUAUCACUACGUGAUGCUGUUAAACUUGUUAGACUUCGUGGAGAAGCCAUGGCAAAUACGGUUUCUCAAUUGGGAGUAAAAACAGCCAUGUCUGCUUUGAUUGUUCGAGAAAAAAAUUUAGACAACCUUAAAACUUCAAUAGAUGAAAUUUGCUCAACUUUGCCAGAGGGUGAAUUGGUAGAACUCGCCAACAUCAAUAGUUCUUUUCAGGCAGUCAUUAGUGGAACAGGCAAAGCUGUAGAUUAUGCAUCACGUGUUUUACAAUCACAGCAUCUUGCUGCACGUGCUUUGGACCUUCCUGUGUCGUUAAUGCAACCAGCUGCAAAUAUGAUGCAAAAAGCGAUGGGCGAUAUCAAAUUCAAGAAGCCGAUUGUUGAUGUUAUAUCAAAUGUUACUGCAAAUCCGAUACAAUCAGUAUCUGAGAUACCUUCUCUGUUAGUUCGACAAGUAACUGGCACUGUUCAAUGGCAUAAGAGUAUAAGAUAUUGUAAGGAAAAUGGAAUUAAUAAUUUCAUAUUAUUUGGACCCGCGAGAGUAUUAGCUAAUUUGCUGAAAAAAGAUUAUCCUUUAGAUUACGUGAG